CCAACACCAAUGGCUUUCACAUUGCUGAGUGUAGAUGAUUUUUUGGGCAUGGAGUUUAAGUCCAACAUGAGUCGAAUGGACUAUUUGUUGGCUGUGUCUGAAGUUGCCUGGUUAAAAUCCAUGUCCGGAGAAGAAGACAACUUAAUCGUGGAACAAGAUAAACAAUUUUGUAUCAAGAAAAAAGAAAGAAUUACUCACAAUAUUCAGUCCAUAUUGUCAACAUUCCCCGCAGUUCUUGAUCAUCAAGAAGAAUCAAUUCUUGAUUUCGUCAUCCCAAAGGGGAAACGAUCACGGCCAAGAAAAGUUAUAGAACCAUUCUUAUGCAAUGGUGGCGAAUUGAUGAUCAAGAAAGCUGUGGAAAAUAAUUUUGAAGAACAAAAACACAGUGUUAAGGCUUAUGAAGAGGAAAACAGAAAGUUCAAAAUCAAUAUUGGUGCUGGUGUUAUCAAUCAAGGAUUCUUCUGUCUUAAGGAGUCACAAAAGUAUGAAGAGGGAGAAAAUAGUGCAAAGGCUGCUGAUCAAAGGGAAAAUACAGUGUUCAAAUUCAAUUGGACGGGUAGUGUUAAUUUUGCAUUUGAAAAUCCAAAAAGACAAUUGCCCAUUAUCAGAAAAAGAUCACGAGAUUUAGCCAAUGAUACACUUGGUUUCAUCAAUCAAGAACGCGGCUUGAACGAAAAAUCAGAGGCUACAAGGGAAAAGAAGAAGGCAAAGAAGAACAUUGUUAGAGUAUUGCCUAUUGAAUUCAAGAAUGUGAUCACUGAAUUUGGGGGUUCGGUUGAAUCAGCUAUUUUGGUCAUUGAGAAAACAUUGUUCAAUACUGAUGUUAAACCAGCAGAAGGGAGGCUUUCAAUCCCACUAAACCAGAUAACUAUUGAGUUUCUAAGACCACAUGAAAAGGCGAAAUUGAAUACUCGCUCUGGGGGCAAAUUGUCUACGAUGCGUGUGAUGUUGAUUGAGCCUUCACGUCGAAUAUGUGAAAUCAAUCUGAGAAAAUGGAACAUGAACAAAAUUAAUGGGAUAUCAAAUUCAAGUUAUGUGUUGGUUACUACCUGGAAUGAGGUGACAAGAAGGAAUGCUUUGAAAAGAGGUACUCUGGUUCAAUUGUGGUCAUUCAGAAAGGAUGAAGAGUUGUGUUUUGCACUUGUUAAGGUUUAA